AUGAACACCUAUCCGUACAGAGGACCUGGUGCCUUUGUUGACCUGAGUCUGCACACGUUGACAAUGGAGGUCACGGCACGACCUAAACUCUCACUCUCGUCAAACUCCCCACACGGUAGCGACCACAUGGGUAUCGCUUCUCCAAGCGACCAUCUGCCGGUGCAACGCGAGCCUGCCCCCACGCCCGGCACAUGGGACAGGGGACUUGGGGCCCCUCGAACCUUUGUCUUUCGUAUUGGCCAUGAUCGGACAAGUCGGAAUCCCAUACGACUACUCUACAUAGAGUCUGGACCGAUGAUUUAUACUUCGUACCAAAGCACAGAUAUUCGAACUACUACACUGCAAAGCGAGCCAUCCGAGUCCACAACCUCUGCCUCCCUCAUGUUCUACACCUCAACAUCCGUAUGCUGCUCUAGAGUCCAUCAUAUCCCUAGCGACAGAGUACAAGAGCACGUAAACAACCACUGGAUUACUUCAACGACUAGCUUCAGGAGGACCGGUAAGGCAGCAGAAGGUUCGAAGCCAUUGGUGCAUCUCAAUCCUCCCCACAUACCCUGUUUGACGACUCAGGCAUUGUGGUUGCAUCUCAUCGCAAUGCGUCCCUUCGCUCUAUUCCUCGGGGCUUGCGUCGGAAAAAUCUCUAACAAAGUUGGCCGCUUUGCGAUGCCAUGGUUAUUGGCCAUUGAGAGGGCCACACGGCUCAACAGAAUCAGCAUCACCUGUGCUCCCAUUACCUUUGGAAGAGCGGACUGGACAAACCACCCCCUCCUGUCGUCGCCGCUGUGGUCAAGACUCCAACUUUUCUUGUUUUUCGUUUUCGCACGCGUAUCAAGUCGCGACACUACUCCAAGCAACCAGACGAAUCCAGUAGUUCUGCCAUCGCGGACAGGACGACUCCGGCUAAACUCGCUCAUGGAGGUCAACUUGGACUUUCUCCCGGCCGGUCAUACUGGGCCAACCCAGUCAACAGUCUAUUGUCUCGCCACUGGCGCGGCCCAUUUACGCUUCGACCCUCUGCUGCUUAACCAACCCCAGCUUAUCGUCACAUAUCACAUACAUCCUAACAGCAUAAACGGCGCUGCUCCUGGGCAAUGGCAGCGGGCAGCCGAUCACUAUCCGAGCAUCGCCGAGUUUCUUUCAUCACUUGAACGUUGUGAGACUCUGCGACAACCGACCCCGGUGCCGCCCGAGCGCAAGGCUUGGCCCGUUGUCGGAUCUGGCUACCUCCCGUCGCCUUUUGACUUUCGAGACGGUGCGUGCCGUCGACGGCUGGUCUCCACCAACAUUGGAUCAUCAUCAGUGCGCAAUCGAUGCCAAUCGACCUUCUCUACCCGCUUGUCCACCACCACCACCUUCGGGGCCUCGAGUCACCACCUUACCUACCGUGUCAGUGUGGAUGGACACAUGUAUCCGUACGCUGGGUAUGGACUAUGGAUCAUGAUUACUGGUUGCUCAAGGAAUCUCGAUACUUUACCUACCUGCCUGUCAUCUGCGUUCCCAUGCUCCAUGACCGGUGCCUUUUUCACUUACACAAAGCCCUUCGGCCUACUCGGCUUGCAUUCCUCCCAUGACCAGGCUCAGCCGAAGAACUCACUUCUCGACUUCUCAUACACAGUACUCUGUCUCCGACGGGGCACUACUUUAACUCACGUCGACCCUAGAUCCAUGGCCAACAGCACCAUUCCUUGUCCAUGCCAGUCGAAAUGGAGGGGAGAGGAAGUCGAUCUAGCUAAGAUUACAGCCGCAACCCUCCACUCAUUGGUGCGCAUUCGACUCGUUUUGCGAUUCACCUUCCUUGCCCUUGGCGGCCGUGGUUUUGGCACUAAGGCUGCAUCUUGCUCUGGUUCGUCCGCUGGCCCUUCGUGCGUCUCCAUCCUCAACCGAAAGGGGUCCUUGUUGGAGAGCAACCUGAGACCAUCCAUGCCGCUGCAGAGAGAUGUCCGCUGCAGACUCAGGGAUUUUCCCAAGGGGGCCCAACAAGUGGAUGAUUCAUCAGAGACAGAAAGUCCUCUUGACGAUUGCCUUACUUGCUCCCGUCGAGCUCAUGCUUGCUGCGACUCAAGCCUGAAGCGAUUGCUAGAUCUCAAUAAGUUGCGGGAGAUUGACCACAGCCCCACGCUCGAAGCGUUUUGCAGCCAACAAGCUAGAUGCCUGCGUGCCAGCAUGUCCAUGUCUCCGGGCCUCUCAUGCACCGCGUCAGCUAUGAUGCUCUGCUGCUCGUCAUCAACCCUCUCCCACGCAUCCAGUGCCCGUACGGAUACCUCCAACGGAUACAGAUGGCUUGCGUGCUCGAGCAGUGGUCCAUUUUACCCAUACAACUGGGGGCAAUGCGCUUGCGGGAGCGAAAGGGAUCUCAAGACGGCCAGUGCCUCAAAGUUCGGAUGCGACAUCACACCGCCAGAUCGCGCGCACCACGUUCCUGGGCAAGCGGCUCGCGAGCUGCCAUUAACACCGAGAUUGAAACCAACCUCGAGCCAGGCCCAAACACACAGAGUAGCAAACUUCUGUUUGGCGCGAACCAGCCUUCGUCUCCAGCUGCCGCUGAAUAACAUCCUACAGGCAGCAAAAACUGCACAUUCGCAUCCCGACCGUCUAGACAAGUGCUCCAGCUCUUGCAUGAUCAUUGCCGACAUCCAGACCGCGUCAGAGGCGACUCACAGUCGCAAGGCGCAAGACGACAGGGAUAGCUUUGAAGUCAGCUGGCCCCCCACAGAAUGCAAUCGAUUGCCUGCUGGCCAACCACCUCCAUCAACGCUUGACUGCUCACAUUCCAGUGUUCGACCUACAUCGCACAGCCUUGUUAGAUCGACAAUUAGACUGACCCAGCGGGAAAAGGCGGGAACAUGCCGAUUCCAGGUCUUCGGGGGAGGGGAGUUCCUUGCAUUUGACAUCGCCUCGACUACGUUUACCCCGCCAAAGCUCACCAACUGUCACGACAUGAACUGCGGUGAGGGCCUCAUAUUUGUUUCUCCAGAGUUCCACCUUUGGGCAGAGACAGGCAAGCCCGAGCACGCCUCUUCGCCACUAACCUUGUCUAGUUCCCAGGUGCCUAAAUCUGGUUCGGAACCUGGCCUCACCGCAUCGCUGCCCGUCAUCAUUACCAGUCUAUUUGUCUUUAGUGACAUGCAGAAACAUUCUUGGAGAGGAGUGGCUGGAAGUCCUCGUUUCCGAAGUGGAUUUCUGCCCAGAUAUCCCCAAUCGCCCCGUCUGAAUCUCGCAGCGUACGGAGAUCUCCCGCAGUCUACAGGAUCUAAUCGGGAUGACCGACAUCUCGGUAUCCACCAGCUUCUCGCUUCUCAAAUCUUUGUGCCACCCCUGCAGACGAACCAGUUCUUCAGCGCGCCAUUCCAGGCGUUCCAUUCACCAUCGACGGAGAGCAAGAGACACCACCCAUUGGCUUUACUAGACAACCACACGACCAAGCAGAUGCCAGCCCAUGAUCAAGCGUUCCCUCCCCCUUCAGGUUGCCGGUCUUACAGGCUGCCAGCUAGUCCGAGGUUCGACAUGUGA